AUGUCAUCUUCCUCUCUCUGUCACGUCUCAGAGCCCACUGAUGAGCCCCCAUACUCCAGUUCGGAGCAACAGGACCCAGAGGGCAAUAGCUCUGCUCAGACACUAGAGGGUGUUGCUGAGGCCCAGAUUAGCCCUGCCGUGGUGGAGGAGGUGGUGAAGAUGGAAAGACAGUUAGGCUCCAGACCUCCCACAGCCAGGGGAAGAGAGAACCCUCCAGCUCCGGCUGACACAGUCACAGCACAGGCCCCUGCACCACAGAAGAGCAGAUGCCCACAGCAGAGAGAGGAGAGAGCGCCAUCUCUAGUCAGGGAGGAGAAACCCACUCCUGCCCCCAAACCCAGCAUGGCACCACGCACAGGCCCCGCUCCCAACGAAGACAAUGACAACGAAUACGACUCUGAUGAAUCCACCACGCUGGGGUUGCUGGAGUUCAUUCUGCAUUAUGAACAGGGGAACAACACGCUGCACUGCAACAUAGUCAAAGCCAAGGGCCUAAAGCCGAUGGACUCUAACGGACUAGCAGACCCCUACGUCAAGCUGCACCUCUUACCUGGAGCCAGUAAGUCUAACAAGCUGCGUACUAAGACCCUGAAGGGCACUCUGAACCCAGUGUGGAAUGAGACUCUAGUGUACCAUGGUAUCACUGAUGACGACAUGCAGCGCAAAACACUACGGCUGUCGGUGAGUGAUAUGGACAAGUUUGGACACAAUGAGUUCAUAGGAGAGACGCGUGUUGCUCUGAAGAAACUCAAAGCCAACCAGAUGAAGAACUACAGCGUCUGUCUUGAGAGGGUGGUCCAGGUGAAGAAGGCAGGCACAGGAGGUUCAGCCCGGGGCAUGGCUCUCUACGAGGAGGAGGUAAAGGAGGAUGAAGCAGAGGAGAGGGGUCGUAUCCUGGUCUCUUUAACCUACAGCACCCAGCAGGGUUGUCUGAUAGUGGGAGUGGUGCGCUGUGCUCACCUGGCAGCUAUGGACUCUAAUGGAUACUCAGACCCUUUCGUCAAGAUCUGCCUGAAACCAGACAUGGGGAAGAAAGCCAAGAACAAGACACAGAUCAAGAAGAAGACCCUCAACCCAGAGUUCAAUGAGGAGUUCAGCUAUGAGAUCAAACAUGGUGAGCUGGCCAAGAAGAUCCUAGACAUCUCCGUUUGGGACUAUGACAUGGGAACAUCCAACGAUUUCAUUGGUGGAUGCCAGCUGGGCAUCACAGCCAAGGGGGAGUGUCUGAAGCACUGGUACGAAUGUCUCAAGAACAAAGACAAGAAGAUCGAGCGCUGGCACGUCCUCCUAAAUGACAACACCGUCAAAGACACAGACGACUGAGAGACGACCUCGUCCUCCUCCUCCUCCCUUGUCUUCUUCUUCCUCCCAUUUCCUCUUCCUCCUCCCUCCUAAAUAGCGUUUUCUAAUUUCCUCUUAAAUAUAAUAUUUUGUCUUCCAAACAUCCAAUUGUUUUUAAAUGUAUUUAAAUUGUAAAGUAUUUUUGUCUAAUGUUGUUUCGUUAUGUGCCGGAACCCAGGAAGACAAGCUGUCUCCAUUGGCGUUGGCAAAUGGGAUCCUAAUAAAAUCACAAAUCAUAAUCUAGGUCUUCCUACUUUCAGUAAUGUGAACCUGAAUUAGCAGCACUUUUUACAACUUCAUUCUUCUUGUGCAGACCGACUUCUUAUUGGAUUCAUGUACUUAUCAACACAGUGUUUCCAGUGAAACAAAAAGAAACUGCAACAGAAUAUGUCCCGUAUUUCAUGCAUGCUUUACUGCUUCUGGGGGAAAGUGAUCUCUUUCACUUAUCUCUAAAACCUGGAAACCGGAUUUCAAUGAACAGGGUGCUAAAGUAUGUUGUUAAACAAUGCGUUGUUACACCAUCCUUACCUAUCUCAGUCUCAACACAAGGAAUUCCCCUCUCUUACCAUAGACAUGAUAUAGAUUACAUCAUAUAGAUUGCAUCAUUGUCUCUGACCCCCACCCUGGAUUUUGCUGUACAAUGUUAUGAUGUGGUCGUAAUCCGUGUUCUAUACUUCAAUACUGUGAUGUUAUGACACAGUCAUACAGCUGUAGGAUCUUAAUUGUAUCACUCUUUUGUUGCUGAGAAUUAUCCUGCUAUGCAGUAGUGUAUUUGAGUUUUA